UCUGUGCCCCCAGCCCCCAGCAGCUCCCGGAAUUCCCCCUUUUUGCCUCGUUCCUCCACGGGGCUGGAGGCCAGACGGGGAGCACGGCUCGCAGAGGGGCAGCUCUGCGGCCCCGAUCCCAGCCCAGCAGCUCCUGCAGCCACGUCCCCAGCAGCCCAGGGCCAUUUGCCCAGGGCCGGGCCCUUCUCCCCUUUUGCCUCCCCCCUCCUUGCUGCCCCCCCGGAGCUCAGGAUUUGGUUUUCCCAGAGCCAACAGGAGAAAAAGCUCCAGCUGCCCGUGCGCCUGGCAGGGUGCGGGGUCCAAGGGGACCUCGUCCCUGUCCCACUCGGCACGCGUGGUGCCAGCCCUGGGGACACAGAGGGCGAGGGGCUGCGGGGCUCAGCCUCACCUCAUGUCCCCAGGGCACAAACCUGUCCCCAGUGGGCCUGUGCCCCCCCCGGUUGAUGUCCCCCUGGUGAAGGAACCCGCUGCCAAUCCUCCCGGUUGAGCCCCAUCCCAGCUCCCGCGCCCUGGUGCCACCCCGCUGCUGGCAGGGGACACCUUGAGCAAGGACCAGGGGGGACCCUGAUCAAGGCACCACCCCGCAGACCCCCAGGGGGUCCGGGAUCGGGGUCCGGUGCCCCCCAUGGCACAACCAUGAGCGUGGCACCGCGGCGAGACGGAGCAGGGCCAGGGCGCAGUGGCCACGGCCAACGCUUGGCUCCGGCCAGCCGGGGCGAGGAGGACGCUGGCCUCCUGCCUGGUCCGGCGGCCAGCUGGGGGCUGGCUGGGGGUGGGCUCCAUCUGCAGCCCCUCCCCGGCCAUAUAAAUGCCGGUUCCCCCCACGGCCGGCCGUCCCAGCCCCGCUCGGACGCAGCAGCUGGCGGAGAGGCGGCCGUGCCGGCGGGGGACGAGGGCUCCCCGCGGUUUCGGGGGUUGCCCCCAACGGGGCGGGGGGCUCCGGUCAUGGCUUUCACCAUGCUGCGCCCCGUGGCCGCCCGCGUGCUCUACCCGGACCUGGCCAUGCUGUCGGAGGACGAGGAGAACCGCAGCGAGAGCGACACCUCGGAGCAGUCGUUGGGGUGCUACGAGGCCGUGGAGGCGCGCCGAAAAGUGGCCCGCAAAGCGGGGCCGGUGGUGAUGGUGAAGCAGAGGCAGGCGGCCAACGCCCGCGAACGGGACCGGACCCAAAGCGUCAACACGGCUUUCACCGCCCUGCGCACCCUCAUCCCCACCGAGCCCGUGGACCGCAAGCUAUCCAAAAUCGAGACCUUGCGCCUGGCUUCCAGCUACAUCUCGCACCUGGCCAACGUGCUGCUGCUGGGCGAGGGCUGCGAGGACGGGCAGCCCUGCUUCAGUGCCAUCUACGGUGCCAAGGGCGAGCUGGAGAGCAAGCAGCCCCGCAGCAUCUGCACCUUCUGCCUCAGCAACCAGCGCAAAGGGGGCGGCCGCAGGGACCUCGGGGGCAACUGCCUGAAGGUUCGGGGGGUGCCCCCGCUGCGGGUGGCACGGAGAUGAAGCGGGGCCGCGGGCACCCCACCGGAGACAGCGGUGGCACAGCCAAGCCCCAAGAGACCGCAGCGGGGAGGGAGGCGACGGAGCCCGGCGGGGCCGCGGGUUGGCACCGCACCGACGCCGGCACCGGCACCGGCACCGGCACCGUGGCCGGGAGAGAACUUGUUGGGGGGGGGGUUGUUUGGUCCCAAAACCCCUGGGGUUAAAGGAAAAGGGGAGGGGGACCCGGCUCAACGAGCAGCCCGUGGCGUGGACGGUGGUGGCGAUGCGCUCGGGGAGAAGGGGGGACGGCGGCGCGGCCCCGCGGGCGCUCUGUGUGCACACGCAGCAGCUUGGAAAAUAAACAAAAUCUCUUAUUUUUCUGA